ACGCAUCCAACUUCUCUCAUAUCCCCUCCCCAAACCAAAAAUCGUUUUCUUCUCUCAAUCGCAAAAUUAGGGUUAGGGUUUUCAUUUCCCCUCUCUUUGCCAAAUCUCUCAUCUUUCAUCGUAGCCGCCGCCCAAUCGAAGAUGACAGGCAAGGCGAAGCCAAAGAAGCAUACGGCCAAGGAGCUCCAAGCUAAGGCCGAUGCAGCGUUGACCAACCGAGGCGGAGGGAAAGCUGGGCUCGCCGAUAGAACCGGCAAGGAGAAAGGUGGUCACGCCAAGUACGAGUGUCCUCACUGCAAGAUCACUGUUCCGGAUCUGAAGACGAUGCAGAUCCAUCAUGAAUCCAAGCAUCCUAAGCUGACUUACGAAGAGCCCAGGAACCUUCACGAGGCUUUAGCUGCUCCUGCUGAAUCUUCCAAGCCUAAGCCUGGUAUCAGAGGAAGCCUUAAGAAGUGAGAGUGCUCCAUGCUUUCGAUUUGUAUUAUCGAUAAUCCGAUUUGGGAAUUUGCUGGGUCUUUUUUUCUUGAAAGCUCCGUGUUUGAUGUGAGAAAUAUAAUCUGCGUUGAUGUUUCAUGAUAUGCUUAUGUCUUCGUAUUUUUAUGUUAUGAUCAUAUAUAUUAAAAAGAAAAUUUAACUUUUAUGAAAUGUCUUGUUUCUAACU